UCCGCCCGAAAACCUUAACACAAACAACCAUAGUAACGAUAUGGAAUUCAGUGACUUCAACACAUCUCGUAAAUCUAUUUUUAUUUUUUCCGCAUCCGCCGAUUCCACAAUCCGCAUGUGGGAUUUAAAUACGGGUCAAUUAUUACAUUCCACCAAAGAGCAUACCGACAUCGUCUGGGAUCUUCAGUGUAAUGAAUCGCGCCUUAUCUCUGUUUCUUCCGACGGUUAUAUCAAACAUUAUCAGUUAAAUAACUCGCGCUCUUUGGCGGUGCCAAAAAAGAGAAGUUCUUUUAAUAUCCCGUUCCCUGCCGUUACUCUUGCUCAAAUAGAUAGUGGAGUAACUUGUUUAAAAAUGACACAAGAAUGGUUGAUUUGUGGAACGGAAGAUG